CCAAAUCUUUGACAGCACUUCCUGGACUGGUGUUUGUUGUGGGAAAUAAACGCCGUGGUGCUGAACCGGGGAUUCAGGCUACGUUUAGCGGUAGAAGGACACGGCACGAAGUACUGCACCACCCCACCUACCAGCAUGCCGUCGCGGGCAUCUUUCGACCGGUGUCAGACAAGACAGACGAAGUGACGGCUGAGACUGAGGAAGGACGAAGGUGGACAUAUUCUCGGACAGCCCAGAGCAGAGCCACAGCAGAGCCGCCGACAGCACGGGAGUUGUCGCGAUGUUGUAGCUAAACCAUGGACUGCAGAAUAAAGGAAUAUCCAGACAGAACAUUUGACCUGGUUGUACAGGUGGCAUGUCCAGCAUCUGAACAUGAGGAUCCAACCGUGCUGUGGAGCUUCCCCCAGGACCACACCGACCAGGAGGUCCUUCAGACGAUACCAAAGUUCUGCUUUCCCUUUGACGUGGAAAGGGUUUCCCAGAAUCAGUUGGGGCAGAAUUUCACCUUUGUGCUGACGGACAUCGACAGCAAACAGAGGUUUGGCUUCUGUCGACUCACUCAAGGCUGCCGGGUCUGCAUAUGUCUGCUCAGUUAUCUACCAUGGUUUGAAAUCUACUACAAGUUGCUAAAUACUCUGGCAGACUACCUAACAAAACAACAGGAAAAUGACUUGAAUGACAUGCUGAAUUCUCUCUAUGAUCUGCCUGUGCCAAAGCCCUUCACGCCAGUCAACCUGAGUGUGAAUGAGCAGUUGUAUAUUGCCACUGGGCAAGUACUGAGAGAUCGGCGAAGCAAGGAGCCGCACUCCUACUUCAUCGCCCCGGAUAUCAAUGGACUGCCAACCAUCCCUGAGAGCAGGAACCUGACAGAGUACUUUGUGGCUGUGGAUGUCAACAACAUGCUCCAGCUCUACGCCAGUAUGCUGCAUGAACGGCGCAUCAUCAUUACCUCAACCAAGCUUAGCACUUUAACUGCAUGUGUCCACGGUGCAGCUGCUCUGCUCUUUCCUAUGUACUGGCAGCACAUCUUCAUCCCUGUACUGCCCCCGCAUCUUCUGGACUACUGCUGUGCCCCCAUGCCAUACUUUGUGGGUGUUCAUCUCAGUCUGCUGGAGAGAGUACGCAGUCGAUCACUGGAGGAUGUGGUUAUUCUGAAUGUGGACACAAACACCCUGGAGAGUCCCUUUGAUGACCUGCACAACCUGCCCAGUGACGUGGUGUCCUCUCUGAAGAGCAAGCUGAAGAAGCAGUCCACAGCAACAGGAAGUGGUGUGGCGAGGGCCUUCCUGAGAGUGCAGGCCGCUCUGUUUGGAUCCUACCGAGAUGCCCUCAGAUAUAAACCUGGGGAGCCAAUCACUUUCUGUGAGGAGAGCUUUGCGAACCAUCGAUCGGGCACCAUGAGGAACUUCCUGUCGAUGGCCGUCAACCUGCAGCUCUUCAAACAGUUCAUCGACGGACGGCUGGCCAAAUUGAACGCAGGCCGCGGCUUCUCCGACGUGUUUGAAGAGGAGAUCACAGAGGGGGGCUUCUGUGGAAGUAAUUCAAGGUCCUACCAGCAAUGGAUGCACACUGUGAAGAGAGGAGGAUCACUUCUCAACACAGCUGUGACUAAAGCCAAGAGUCAUGCCAAGAGGGGCAUCCGAGACAUUAAGGACAGACUUAAAGCAAGGGAAGAAGAAGAAGAGGGGGUGAUGGUCUGUGAGGGGUCUCCCACCAGCACCAAGAGCCUGUCUCCAAGGAGACUGCAGAAGAUGAGACGGCAAAACUUCAACAAGUAUCCCAUGAGCAUGGGCCCUCGAGACCUUGGCUACGGGCUCGAUGAUGACGAGCUGGACAGUGCGAGCAAGAUCUCCUCAGAGGACAGCGGGGAUGUCCCUUCCUACAUCGAGGACAGCGACGACUCCUACUCAGUAGAGCUCGACAUCGACUCCUCCCGCUCGGGCCAGAUGAACCUGCUGGAGGAAAUCCUGGACUCUCUGAGCACCACGACUGUGGAGCAAGGCAAACUUAGCGCUGCCAAGAGCCUGGACUUCUUCAGGUCCAUGGAUGAUUUAAACUACAAGGCCCCGAGCAAGCCCGCACCUCCCAGCGCAUCUAAACCUGCCGAUGAGAGUGGCUGUGAUGGUGGCAGGGAUCAUGGCGGCUGGAAUAUGGGCCAGGAUGACACUGCGGUACACGGAAAACACCUCCCCCCGUCCCCACGCAGACAGCCCAACAAGAGCAGCCUGAAGGUGACAAAGAGACCUGCGACAGCUUCCGCAGUGCCCAUCAUCACGAAUACACCCCCGGCCCAGGAGGCUGACAUCUCCAGGUCAUACCCUCAUCAGCUCAACUAUGACCCUCUACCUGUAGGGCGACGACCAAAAGACCGCUUCUCCUACUCGCCCUCAGCGUCCCAUAGAGUUACACCUACGUCGCCGUCUCCCACUCUCUGUUACACCUACAGUUCUCCAGCACCCGUUUCUCACCCAAACUAUUCUCUUGAACCGACGGGCCGGCCUCGGACCAUCUCGGACCCACAAGGCAACAUGGAGCUUCCUGAAGCCCAGAACCAGACUGCCUACACCGGCAUCCUGAGGAGGAAGGUGCUGUCCAAGGAAACCGUGAGGCACUACCAGGAAAAGGCCCUCCAGAGGCAAAGCAGCAAGGCCCAGCAGGAGGGUCGGGGGAGCCCGUCGAGGCCCGGCCCCGAGGUGUCCAAGGAGGGGCUCCCGGGGAUCGGCCUGUGCCUGGGUCAGGGUAAAGGUUCGGGGGCGGCUGUGGUGCAGGAUCGAGGCCUCCUCGAGGAGAUUGACUCCAUGUGUUGCCUCGGCUCAGGGCUCCACACCAGCCUGCAGCUCUCCCAGGUUCACUGCAACAACAGUCACCAGCCGGUCCAGAGCAAAGCCACAGACGAGUCAUAGGGACGUCACAGACUCGGUGUCUGUAAAAUGCCAUAGGUUCCACUGAAAUCUAUUCACUGUAAUUCCUCUAUUACAACUAGCUACACGUUCAGAGAACAGGGUCUUUGUGAUCCCAGCGCUCUGCUAUCAGGAAACAUUAUGAACAGAUUUGAUGUCAAACAGGCAGAAACAAACAGAGUCACAGCCUGAAGAGCAGGGAACAGGAAGAGAGAAAUUGGUCCCCUGCACAACUCUCCAUCUUUAAAUUCCCCAAAAACAUUAUUUUCUUAAAACAAGUGAAAAAACCUGCAAGUGUUGUGAGAAUACUUUAACCCGUUUCCAAUAAAUGUGAACUCUACUUCAUAAAAAGAAACCACAUGAUGUGAGUUAAAAAACAAGUUCAAACAUCGAAUGUCAGUUCGGUACUUCUCCUGAGUGAACUGAACACUGAUGAAGUGACAACAACGUGGUGUUUUAUAUAGUUGUACUUUCUUUAAACAACUGUAUUCUCUUGUGAAUCGGAAGAGCAGCGCUUCAAGAACACAAACUGAGUCCAGAAUGUUGAGAUUGUUUUGUGUUUUUGAAACACAGCAAGAUUUUUCACUUGUUUUAAGAAUGUACAACUUCAUCAACAGAGACUUGAUAAGAAGGAGAUUUGUGCAGUCUUUUUACUGAUAAAACAAAGUGUUUCUGUCUGUAAUCAUCUAAAUUCAUGGACAACAUGUAUUUUCAUGUGUUGUAUAUUUUCAUCUUGUAACAGCUUCUCAAUGUUCUACCAGACAAAAAGCCACGAGACCCAUAAAUUACAUUUUGGAUAAAGUAUAAGAAGCCAACCAUCUUGACUUUCAAGAUUUAAGAAACGGUACUUGUGAGGAUGAAGAAGGGAUGAUGUCUCCAACACAUCAUGAUGUCUUCUACUCAGCGUUCCAAACAUUACACGUGAUCAGGUUACAUUUGCACUUGUAGAUGAACACAUUCUUGACCACCUGGUACUAGAAUCCUUUGAGCAAAAAAAAACAACAAGGUGAGACGGGAUGUUCCAGGCGCAAAGUCCACUCUGGAAACUAAUCAUCCACUGUGUGAUACUGGUGUUUGUGUUUUUAUCACCGUGCCUUAAAUGGACAGGUGAUUUGUUCUGGAUACUCUGGUGUCUUACUCUAUAGAUAGUGAUGCCGUACAGGUACUUUGUAAUCAGAGUCUCUGAUGCUCUCAGAUCAUAAAUACAACACUUAGUAGUACGUAAACAGCACAGCUCUUCUCUGGAUUAAUAGAAUAGUUAAUAUUUAUAUGAUGUGCUUUAAGCUGCUGUUUUUAAAUUAGCAUUCCAGAUAAUGAGAUGUGCAUGUAGACUCCUCUCUCUGGCUCUCUGUGUAUUCUUCAGAACGCUUCCGUCUCUGAAGAGAAGCAAACAAAGUCAAAACAGCGUUCGAUCUGAAAAUGCCCGUGUCAAGGCCCCAUGUCCUUUUCUUUCUCUUUCUCCACCAUCAUCAUCAUCAUCAUCACCACCACUCUUCCUCCUCAUGUUGUCUCUACUUGUGUAAUAGCACUUUCAGCACAUCUGACUUUCACUCUCAAUCUUUAGAACAGUUGCCAGUUGUUGCAGAGCUCAUGUGGUUCAGAUUUUAGACUUUAAAAGAUGAGGCUGGUGAUAUUCUAUGUUUUCUUAUUGUAUAGGAUGAAUACGUCAGAAUAAUAUACAAUAUCACCAGACUUAUCACGCAGCUCUCCUUGGCUGUCUGUCUCCUUUUGCUUUGCUCACGGGAGGAAAUGCAAAUCUCUGUCCUUCUAGGUUAGAGUCACACACUGUAAUGCAAUGCAGUGGUUGAUGAUUGUACUGUAAUGAAGCAAUACGUUUCUCCUCGGAGAGUAGCGACGUGGAUGUAAAGCGCACAGAGACUGAAGUAUUUCUGUGACGGACUCUCCUGUGGAGAGAAAGGCAGCGUCCAGAGGUCGGGGGUUCCCAUCGUUCUCUGCGUUGCCACAAACCCGGAGAAAAGAAGAAAGCUUUUCCUGUGCUAGUGUUGGGAUUAUUACAUUUAUGGUUCGUUGUUCUUAUGAUUUAUGCCAGACGCCAGUCGCUGUGGCAGUUUAAUAGCAGCUAUUUCUCCACUUUUUUUUGAGUGCUGCUCUGCGUUAACGAUUUGCUCAUAAAGUCUUUGGCGUGCUUCUAAAAGCCCAGGAACCAGAACCAGUCCUAGUAACUCCAAAAAGAAGAAAAAAACGACUCCAGAAGAGUCUCUGCUCUGGCCUUAUUCAUUGUAGAGACUUUAAAACUUAUUUACUAUGCAAAUAUUUAAAACAUUUUCAAAAGAAAGGUCACUUUUAUUUAACAGUAAUUACAUGAUUAUGCACGAUUCUACUUGAAGAAUAAUCACAAUCGAUCUAGUUUCUAGUUAGAGUGAGCUUCAUGUGUCCCUGAAUGAACAAACAUGAGCGUCUAUUAAACUGUGUGUGAGCGGAGGUGUGUCCCUGACAGAACGGUGUGUGUAGUGUGCCUUAAACAGGAAGAGUAUCACCCAGUAGAAUCAGAAGAAGGUGCAGUAUUAUAGAAGGGAGGUGUAUGCAAAGCUUUCACACCACCGUAAAUCACAGUGAGAACAUUGAUCGUUAUGCUAUUUAUGAAUAUAAACAGACCGGGUUUGGUCCUUAAACACUGACCUGAAGAGAACUUGGGUCCUAGCAUUGUUUUUAUAGCGGUUCUGUUUUUGUGUUUCGGCUGCAGUCCAGCUGGAGUUACUCAGUGCUUUGCUUUGGUCGGUGGGAAUCUUCCUGCCUGUAUUUAAUAGAACCUCUUUGAAUUUCUCUGGGUUAUUUGACUUUUUGUCAGUUAGGUUCUUUCUUUGAUUGUACUAUGAGGUGAUUCAUUGUAUUGUUCAUGUGCUUCUAUUUCUUUUCUCUCUUUUCUCUCUUUUCUUUAAACACUCAUUCUGAGCUUGUUUUUGUUUUGAAAGACGUUUCUCGGAGGAGUCUCUCUAGUCGAGUUCAUAUUGAUGAAAACAAUUAUUUUCAACUGAAUAGAUGUGUAUUUUUGCUGGCUUGAGUUUAUUUUCCAUGGAUAAUAUAUGAUUGGUGCUCUAUGUUUAAAAAAUGAAAUAAAAGACACCUAAUAUUUGAAUGUUUUAGAUUUUAUUUUUGGAAGAAGAAAUAGAGAGAACAUUAACAAAUGUCUGACGUAGCCGUUCAUGUUCAGAAGCAUUUGAAACCUUCUAAUCAAAAUAAGCAGAGAAUGACACUUGCUUGUACGCGGUACAAUGUGUAUUGUUGUAUCUGCAUGUUAUGUGUUGAAUGCUAUGAUUUUUUUAUUCUGUUGGUAUUAAUUAUUAUUUCAGUAUUUAGCGCUUCCGUCAAAUCGAGAAUGAUGGAAAUAAGUUUGGGUCUGGCACCACACACUCAUCCUGCCUUGCAUUGGGUAUUGUGGAGUUCGUGUCAUCUGCCUUGCAUUUCAUGUGUUUCUACUUUGGCUACUGUCAAUCUAACUGAAGAGCUUUGUGGGAAGAAAUACUGAGUAACUUAGUAACAAAGAAAUGACUUGUGAUAACUGAAGAUAACUGCAAACAAAUACAGUGUGAAGUAAUUUAUGAAUAUAAAGUAUAAAUGUCCUGAAAUUACAAAUUUGGAGUGAGUUGGCGGUGAUUAUGUAGCAGUGUUUACAGAGGUACUAUGGACUUUACAAAGAUAUCAUUACUUGCCCCUCGCUCCACAUUUAAGACAAAAAAACAACACAUCUCCAGUAUAGUGACCACUUUGGACGAAUUACAGUAUGCGACUUUAUUUCAGUCUUUUUGGGUGUCGUCAUGAUGAUUAACUCUUCGGUAUUGCAUUUACUGAUUUCUUUGAUUCUGUGCUCACUUGCAUGUUCUCAUUGCAGAGAAAACAACUGUCUUAAACAACUGAGAUCAAUCUAAUGUGCUGUUGAUGAGUAACUUGGUACAACUGCACACAAUGUAUGCACUGUGAACUGAAAAUAAAUGAUAGUGUUUAAUGCUUA